UGUCAAGCUGACAGCCCUCAGCACUGGGCCGCGCACAUGGGGGGCUCCACAAAGGUCUUUGUGUGUCACUGAAGGGAAGAAGUGGGAGAAUGACGGGAACAGGAAGGGCAGAGACGCAGGGACGAGGACACAGAGCGCUCUGUGGGUUCUCGGGGGCAGCCGACUUCACAGUGAAUGGAUGUGCGACUCAACGCGGGGUCUCGCGGUCUGGAGGCAGCUGGGUCUCCCAGGAGAUUGGUUACCAAUGAAGACUGUUUCUUAGGAGCAUCCAAGUGCCACGAGUCUCCGAGUAACGUGGGUGGUAGGACCUACGAAGGCAACAGCAAAGGACUACACCCCUAAAGCUGUUAAAACUGUAAGCUCUGGAGGCAGGAGGCUAAGGCUCUUCCACUUGCUGGCUGUGUGGCCUUAGGUGGGUGUCUAUCCUCUCUGUGCUUGUUUUCCCAUGUGAGGUGAGGACCAGAGCAUCUAUCUCUAAGGAUUGUGAGGCUCAGUAAUCACAGCUGAAUCACUGUCUCCAACUUGAGCAUAAGGUAAGUCCCAGGCUCCUACUGGACACCUCCCAGUCCUUCCUACUCCUGCACCUGCCAACUACAGCUUUCAGCUCUGCUCACAGUAAGGCCAGGGGCUUCUUGGGGCGAAAAUGUGACCAGCACUGCCUGGAUGGCCCGCUGCUCGCUCAGAACUGCCAAGGCCCCAUGGGCAGCAGCCCUGUGGACGUGGCUGGGGUGGGGGUGGGUGAGGUGUGGCUCCACCUGUGGCAGUUCCGGGAGAUCUGUUUCCAAGACACAGCAGGGAUGGCCCUGGCCUCAGGGGCUGUGACACUCAGGAGGGAGGUCCUCAGUAGCCUCUUAGUCAAUUGCCUGGACCAGCAUGUUCAGAAGUCCCCGGAGAGCGUCGCUUUGAUCUGGGAGCGAGACGAGCCUGGAACUGAAGUGAGGAUCACCUACAGGGAACUGCUGGAGACCACAUGCCGCCUGGCCAACACACUGAAGAGGCAUGGGGUCUGUCGAGGGGACCGUGUGGCCAUUUAUAUGCCUGUGUCUCCAGUGGCUGUGGCCGCAAUGCUGGCCUGUGCCAGGAUCGGAGCCGUCCACACGGUUGUCUUUGCUGGCUUCAGUGCGGAGUCCUUGGCUGGGAGAAUCAAUGAUGCCAAGUGUAAGGUGGUUAUCACCUUCAACCAAGGACUCCGGGGAGGACGAGUGGUGGAGCUGAAGAAGAUAGUGGACGAAGCUGUGAAGCAGUGCCCAACUGUCCAGUGCAUCCUGGUGGCUCACAGGACGGAAAACAAGGUCCACAUGGGGGAUCUGGACAUCCCCCUCGAGCAGGAAAUGGCCAAGGAGGACCCUGUGUGUGCCCCAGAGAGCAUGGGCAGUGAGGACAUGCUCUUCAUGCUGUACACCUCUGGGAGCACCGGGAUGCCCAAAGGACUCGUCCACACCCAGGCGGGCUACCUGCUGUAUGCCGCCCUGACGCACAGGCUUGUGUUUGAUUACCGGCCAGGCGACAUCUUUGGCUGUGUGGCUGACAUCGGUUGGAUCACAGGACACAGCUACGUAGUGUACGGGCCCCUCUGCAAUGGAGCGACCAGCGUCCUUUUUGAGAGCACCCCGGUUUACCCUGAUGCUGGUCGGUAUUGGGAGACAGUACAGAGGUUAAAAAUCAAUCAGUUCUACGGCGCCCCGACGGCGGUGCGGCUGCUGCUGAAGUACGGCGAUGCCUGGGUGCGGAAGUACGACCGCUCCUCCCUGCGGACCCUGGGGUCAGUGGGAGAGCCAAUCAACCUCGAGGCCUGGGAGUGGCUCCACAAGGUGGUGGGGGACAGCAGAUGUACGCUGGUGGACACCUGGUGGCAGACAGAAACAGGUGGCAUCUGCAUAGCGCCGCGGCCCUCAGAAGAAGGGGCAGAAAUCCUCCCCGGUAUGGCAAUGAGGCCCUUUUUUGGCAUCAUCCCGGUUCUCAUGGAUGAGAAGGGGAAUGUCGUGGAGGGUGGCGAUGUCUCUGGAGCUCUGUGCCUCUCCCAGGCCUGGCCGGGCAUGGCCAGGACCAUCUAUGGAGACCACCAGAGAUUCCUGGAUAACUACUUCAAGGCUUAUCCAGGCUACUACUUUACUGGAGAUGGUGCUUACCGAACCGAGGGCGGCUAUUACCAGAUCACAGGGCGGAUAGAUGACGUCAUCAACAUCAGCGGCCACCGGCUGGGCACUGCAGAGAUCGAGGAUGCGAUGGCUAACCACCCUGCAGUGCCAGAGACUGCUGUCAUUGGCUAUCCCCAUGACAUCAAAGGAGAAGCUGCAUUUGCCUUUAUCGUGUUGAGGGACGAUGCAGGUGACUCUGACGUGGUGGUGAAUGAGCUCCGGUCAGCAGUGGCCACCAAGAUUGCCAAAUACGCCGUGCCUGAUGAGAUCCUGGUAGUGAAACGUCUUCCAAAAACUCGGUCUGGAAAAGUCAUGCGGAGGCUCCUGAGGAAGAUAAUCACGGGCGGAGUUCAGGAUCUGGGGGACAUCACCACCCUGGAGGACCCCAGUGUCAUCACAGAAAUACUGAGUGCCUACCAGAAGUACAAAGACAAGAGGGCUGCUGCUCAUUGAUGGGCUCUUUGACCAAGACCCAGUGCCCAAGCCCCUAACUUGUCCUUCUAGAACACAGCUCUCAAGUUGGUUUAUUCCUAGAUGUCCCAGAAGCAGUCCUUUCCCAGCACAUAAGCUACACUGUCCCUAAUGUGAAGUCUGUGCCUAAAUCUCUUCCUUCUUUCUGUUGGAGAACCCGUGAAGAGGUACUCUCAGACAUGGUCAGGAUUGGUUCCACUUGUCCCGAAUUUGGUUUCCUGGAAUGAAAAGUCAUUGUCAGCUGUUUUGGUGUUCUCUGCAGACAGCACAGGAAGGUGAAAAACCUGCUAACGUGUGCCUCCUCAGAUGACUGAGAAUUAGAAAUAACCACAUUUUCCCCAAAAGUUUCUAGAUACAAAAGGCAGAGGUUUUAUUUUUAUAUUUUGGAAAGAUAAUGUGCAAACACACACAAGUAAUGAGUGGAUUUACUUGUACAUGCUUUUUUCAACAUUUAGAGAUAUGAAAAUCACUUUUUUUUUUUUUUUUUUGCCUCUGCUCAUGGGGAAAUGUGGAGAGGAUCAGAAGGUGCACUUUUAAUUAUUGUUUGAUGUAUUUGGAAGUCUGAAUUGGAAAUGUUUGUACCUCUGUCUAAACACAGCUAUCUUGAGAACUUUCAAGCUUGCAGCAUCCUUUUUUGGUGUACAUUUCUACUUGCCUUGGUUUGUGUAUAAUGAAACUAACUCCUAAAAGUGAUGGCAUGAAUGUGUCCACCUCUUCUCACGCUCCUCCAGUUGUGUGCUCUGUUCCUCAAGCUUGGAUCCGGAAGGAUUCCCCUCCCCACUGUAGAUGCCUCUUGGUAGGAGUUCAACAUGCUCCAAAUAUGUGGAGUCGUUCAGGGAAGCUAAUGAAAACUCAGGUGACUUGUGAGAGCAUUAAUUCGGCUAGAACUGGGUCCUUGUAAACUCUGCCUGUCCUUCAUUCUGUGGCUGGGGUAGUAAGAACCACUGAGACUUGGAGCUCUCGAUCAAGUCUCUCUCUCUUUUUUUCAAUGUGCCUUAAUAUUCUGAACAUUAGCAAGAUGAUGUGAAUCAUUAGGUUACAAAGUGCUUAUUUAUUAGCCAAGUAUACGAGGACCCUUGGGUCCUUGAGGACAGAGAAAGAUUGUCUUUAUCUUUAUGCCACAGUAUAUGGUGCCCUGCAGCUGUGUAGAUGUUCAAGGGGUGUCUGGGGUACUGAACACCUACCGCGGACAGUAGCUGUGCUGGCCUCUCAGUGAAUAGGCAAGUACGCCUGUGACGCCCAAUAGGGUGGCCACUGCUGUAGCACACAGAUACAGAGUGAUCAUCUGUUGUUCCAGCACUGAGCAGCAGAGAACCACGCACAUGGACCUGUCACAUUUGUGCUGGACUUGGUGGACGGUAGUUAUGGUGCUGUUUGUAAAAUGGCUUAGAUAUAAACUUGGACAGUGACCAGAGCCUCAGAAUGAUCUACAGGGAAGUUCAAAUAAAGCUUUAUUUUGUUCAUUC